AUGGGACCAGUUCAGGUUAAACAACGUUGUGUGAAAUGCACUAAAGGUGAAGGCAUCAUAAUAUGUGUUGGAUGUCAGGGAUGCUUUUGCAAAAGUCAUUUUAUUGACCAUCGGCAGAAUCUUGAUGAUGAGAUGGGUCAUGUCAAUCAACAACAGGAUUAUCUUUACAAAAGUUUAACUGAAAAUAAUUUUGUGCAUCCAAUUCUUUCUCACAUUGAUGACUGGGAACAAUCUUCGAUUAGAAAGAUUCACGAAGCAGCAGAUAAAGCUAGAAUUGAUCUAGAAGCAUUUAUGAUUGAAAUGAAAUCUGAAUUAAAACAAUCACUUCUCGAAAUAAAGAGUGAAUUAGAAUUAAGUCGAGAAGCAGACAAUUAUACAGAAAUAGAAUUGAAGAAUUGGACGGAACAACUAGAAAAACUUCGACGAAUGUUUGAAAAACCACCGGCUAUUGAAAUUGUUCAUGAUCAUGCACAAUCACCGAUUCGUAUUAUUCAACGAAAAGGUUUGUAA